AAGUGAAUCAGUCAGCCUUCGUAGUCCGUGGUGUGCGCUACAACUGUUCCGGUUUUCGCGCAGCCGCAGUAUCAUUCAAGUGUCAAGUCGCUAAUCGCGCAGCGUAGUGGCGUUCAACAGCUGGAGGAAGAGCGUUGAUCGAUGAUUAAUCAUCCUGGCUGAGCACAUUACACGGCCCCAAAAGAGGUCGUGCGGUUGUGGUGUGCAGGUGUGGGUGGUCAGUGAUUGCGCAGAAUUCCAGCCAACCAGCCCGCAAAGUGUGUGACGAUUUGUACUCCUACGCGGCCACAGAGACAAAUUUUCCCGGGGAGGAAAGGGUUAACUAACUUAAGUGAAGAGGAUCUGCGCUUUGACCUUUGCUUGAAUUACACGUGUUAAGUGCGCGCGCGAGAGAGAGAAUAUCGCAGAGAUAAAUAGUGAGUGAGACCUCAUCAGCUCUGUGGCGCGCGGUGUCAUAUUUAUGAGUCGGGGUAUUUAUAAUGACAAUUAUUGCCGUCGUAACGAAUAUGGAUUACGCUACGUUCUGUUAGUGCUCGAGAAGUUCAGAACUGUUGCGUUGAAGUGUUUGUGUGCAUUUGACGAAAACAAAUAAUCGUACGAAGACGAAAACAAAUAGUGAACAACUAAGCCGCAGUGUUGUGUGGGAAUGUUUGUACCGGUGCUAUGCGCAAUAAUAUUCGAGAGAAGUGAAGAAAAAAAAACACAACGUUCUGUGACAUUUUGACUUAAGUCACUUGAAAUGUCAAACCAUUUAUAAGUUUAAAUGUUACAUCGGUCUGUUUUCGCUAAAUAAGCUUGUGGCCUACCGUAUCGAGCAGCAUCGAGACACGGGGUGAUGACGACGAUGAUCGCAUUCGACGGUUCUGUGCUUUGAAAACGAGAACAACGGAACGAACCAACGAGUAGAAGAUCCGGAGGUGCGGUGGCAGCAAUAGGAAACGGUGCGACGACAGCUGAAAUUAAUAUCUGGAGAUUCGUUUACGAUCGGGUGUGUUUGCGCCGCUGUGACAUAUCCGGUGUUGCGCGCGGCAAUUGUAUCAGCAACGGCACCAGCAGCAGCCCUGGUGUUGGGGACAACAUAUUCCCGACCAACGGUUGCAAAAUAAAAAAAACUAACCGGCACCGGUGCUCCACGAACUAAUUCAAGUGUAAAGAUUUCUUUGCUGCCUUCCUAGUGUAGUCUUAGCGCUAGAAACUAGCGAUAAAGGUGUCUAUUUGAACGCUGAUAACAAACAUCACCUUCCCAGGGUUAUAAAACGGCCGAUACAUCGUAUGCCCUCCGUGUGUGUAUAUGUGUGUGGGCGCUCGUGUACGAACUCCAAGUGUCGCGGUCUUAUCGUGUAGAAGAAAACUAAAGUGCUGAAGGGAAAAAUAAGUCACGUACUUAUCGGCGGAACCUCUGACAUACAGUCUCGUGCUCCAAGGGGGUGACAUAGCGCUUAUCUUUCGACUCAAUUCGGUGGUGGAAUUGUGCUUCAGCUCCUCGACCAGUGGUUCGAUUCCGGUGAUCAAAACUAGUUGAGGUUCGGUGAAGACUUUUUUUCGCCGGACGCCGACUAUCGUUUCGAAAGGGUAGCCCCCAUGAUACCAUGAGGGAAUUGGACUCUUCGGAAACGUCCGUAGUAUGGCCAGCUUGGUGUUAUUCAGGAGAAACAGUUAAUGAAGAUUUACCACAAGCAGUCUCAGCGGCAGCACUAUCGCCAUCAUUGGUCUCACCUCAACAGCAGCAGCAUCAACAGCAACGAUUCCUGCUCCAGCAGUCGUCAUCAAAUCAAUCACAGUCGUCAUCUGCGUCCUCAUCGCCAUCGUCGGCUCACUCGGCGCAAGGUGCUGGCAAGUUGUCGAGUCGGAGUAACUCCGGUGCCAAAAGGAAAUCAAUCACACCAACUUCCCCCGGAUCAUCGGCUCCGUCCGCUCUGAGUGCCGCUUUGGGUGCAAGCUCGGUGGCAGCCCUGGCGACGGCGGCAGCAGCAGCGGCGGCGGCGGCCUUCCAAGCGUCGCCUAGAAGACCAACCCCGCCCACCACCGGUUUGCAGCUGCAGCUUCCGGAAAACGGAAACGGUCGCCGAGGGUCCCCCUCGCAUCCAGCGACUCCUAAUGACGACGAUCACUAUUCCCAACUAAGCAACAACAACAACAAUAACAACAAUAGCUCCAGCAAUAACUUCAACAGCCAAGUUGCCGCCCUCCAAUCCCUGGACAAGAUGCUGAGUGAACGAAUUUACGAUAGGAAAAAGUUUCUCAACUCGCCAACCGGAACGGCCGCGGCUGCAGCAGCUGCGGCGGCGGCCGCCACUUCGUUCUACGAAAAGUUCCGGAAUGGGGCCGCGGCUGCCGUCUCCGCCGGUGAGAUGGAGCUGAAUCAGCUGAACCUGAUCAAAAAUUGCCAAUCUCCGCGGCCCGUCAGUGAUCUUAGUGCAAUCAGUAAUAGUAAUAAUAAUAAUAAUAAUAAUAGUGGUAAUAGUGGUAAUAGUGCUAAUGGUAGUAGUGGGCUCCUGGUGACCGCUAAUGGCGGCAGCAGCAGUAGUGGUGGAUCCGUGGCCGAUGGCACCAGUGGCAAUAGUUUGAGUAAUAGUAACAACCAAACUAGUAACAAUAAUAACACCAGUAGUAGCAGCAGUUCCGGCAGCACCAACAAUAGUAACAAUAAUAGCAUUAAGAGUGAGCGGUUCAGCCCGAACAACAACGAUGUGCAAUCGACGGCUUCCAGAUCGCGAAGUGUGACACCGUCUUCAUUCUCCGGAACCCCACCGCAGACGAUGCAUGCCAUCGAUGUGGCUUUCCCGAACAGUAUUCCGUCCAGCGGGUUGAUUCCAUCCCCAAAUUCCGCGAUGACCACCGGUCGGCCCAAGUUCCACGCUCGUAACUAUUCCGAUUUCAUGCGCAGUCUGGCGGCCAAGUACAACAACAACAAUAACAACACCACCAACAGCAGCAGCAGCAACGACCCAUCGAGUGUGAAAAAUCCAUUUCUAGAGCCAAAAAUACGAACAAAUCAGCCAAAAUCAUUCAUAGAGAACUCACUAGUAGGCAGUAAGAAAAGCAGUCCAAUUACCUCCGCUCAAGUACCUAACCCAAGUAUUAUGUCGUCGUUAUUUCCGGGCCUUCCAUUCCAGUCGACGGUGUUUCCGCCACUGAUAGACAUGAGCAGUACCCAGGCUCUGGUCGCACUGGCGCGUGCCGCCAAAGAUUCCGGCAUUCAAAGUCUCCUCAAGCCGGAAGACGGAGGUCUCAAAAAACCUUCAGCGGGUUCACGAGGCUCCUCGCCACCGCCAGGCGCCUCGCUGACGAGUCAUUUCCCAUCACCCUUCCCACCAAGGUACCUGCCCGGAAUGCUGCCGAAUCAGCUGACCGUUGGUUAUCCCCCGGUGCAACCGACGACGGCUGCCGUUCCCGUGAUCUCACCCCUCAAGUCACCCAGUCGGCCGACCGAGGGUCUCUCCACAUUCCCGCUGGACCUCAGUUCGGCUCCAUCGUCGGCCAAACGGAUAAAACUGUCGCCGACCCCCAGCCGGAACCAGGAAACGUCACCGGCUCCGAGUUCCACCAACAGUCAACCGUCCGAAUCGCUCGAGCUGAAACUGGGCGCGCCACGAAAGUGUCACGCCCGCAUCGAGGAGAUCAGCUCCUGGACGGUGGACAAUGUGUGUGAUUUCGUGGGCAGCAUCGACAUCUGCGCGGAGUACGUUCAGAAUUUUCGUGACCAGAGCAUCGACGGAGCGGGACUGCCGCUGUUAACCGAGGAGCACCUGACAAACUCGCUCGGCAUGAAAUUGGGACCGGCGCUGAAACUGAAAUCGAUGCUGGCCAAAAAAUUGGGUGGCCCAUGUCCGUGUGCUCUGUGUGCCGCACCCACACCCACGAGAACCAGCAGCAAGGGUGACACAACCCCAACCAACCGACCUCCGAGCAAUGGCUCCGUUGGCUAGCCCCAGUGACCGCAGGUAUCUUUCGGAGAUAAUCCCAAAUCCCAAAAAAAGGGGAAAACACACAUCAGGAACCGAAAAUCGGCUUCCCCCCAUCCAGACCAGUGAUUGAUGAUUUCCAAUGCAAAAAAAAAAUAUAUGCGACAUAAGCUAUUAGGGAUCAAGGCGUGCAGCACUGCCUUUCAGCAUACGUACUUAGGAGCGAAUGCGAACGAUACGAGAAUCGAAAGUGUCUUAUUUUUGUCGCCGGGACAUGUACAAUAUUACAUUUUAAAACGUUACAUAAGCUAAGUCUUGUUAUCUCUGACCGUUUGGCGGUUGAACCUUCCUCCCUAGGAAUCGAAAUGAUAGAGAGAGUGUUUUUUGUUUGUUUGUUUUGUUACGAAUAUUAUUCCUCCAAAACAGCGCGAGCAAGUUGUUAGUAUUUUGAGCAAACAAUUAUUUAUUUCACACUGUUUAGCGCUAAUUGUAAUGCAACUUAAUGCACGAAAGACUUAACGAGUUUUGGAACGAAGGAAGAUAAAGAAAAUGGAAAAAAUAGGAAGAUACAGAUAAGCUUAUGACAGUCGUUCUUAGUGUUUUGGUUUUAACUAUCAUGUUUUGGACGUGAAAGUAGUUUGUUUUAAUUCGAGAAGAUUAAAUUGUAUCCUGCUGCAACCUAUCACGGAGAAAGAGGAAAAUGUUUCUUGUCUAAAUUUAACGUACACUAGUAUAUAGUUUUAAUGUUAUUUGGUAGGAUUAGGCUCCUAUCAUUAUCAGUAUUUAUCAAGAAUAAUUAGAUGCAAGCGCAGUUAUACUGUACCUAUAUUAGUUCUUCUAUUACGCAUGAAAGAUAAAUAAAACGUAUGUUUUGAAAAUAGGAU